AUGUCAUCCUUCGAUGACAUAAAUUCCAACGGGGCCUUGGCUCUUUCGGCAACCACGUAUCCGAUCAUCUUCAGGCUGAUGACCCCGACAAACAGCACGGCCGCUCGAUUCAUGAAAUCGCGCGAACUUAUUUCGGUCUUUCAUUGUAUUAUCACCCUCUCAGCAACGCUUUUUGAGCUCCAUCGCCAAUUCGAAAAAUGGGCUCCGCCACCACGCAGCCCGCUGAAGGUCCUCUUCCCAUGGCUUCUGGACCGUGAUACAAGUACUGCAAAAGACUCGGUGCGAGGCCUAUCUUAUCUCGACAUUGUCGAUGCGAUGCCUCCCUUUACACACACAAUCCUUGCGUUCGAGUGCGGGUACCUGAUCCAGGACUUUGCCCUGCUCAUCUUGGGCACCCGACGGGUUGCUGGAGACAGUCGAGCCAAAUCUGUUAUGGCCCGCAACGUAAACUGGCGUGUCCUGGGUUGGCAUCACCUCGGAAUCGCAUGUGGACUGGGGCUAUUCCACUUACGUGCCUUGCGGGGUCAAGCGAAAGCCUCCCUAGUGAUGUUAAUGAUGAUGCUGAUGAAUGCCUCCACACCGAUCGGCACACUACAUUGGUACUUGGUGAAUUUUCAUCGGUCUUGGCGAUCGGGCGUUUGCAUCACGUAUGGGGCGUAUCUUGCUACCUACGCGGUGGCCCGGGUGUAUCUUCUUUACUGGAUUCUAAGCAUUUAUGGCAGCUGGACAGGCCAGUCUGCCAUAGAGGCCUUUCGCCAUUUGCGAUGGCAGUGCCAGCUGGGGACUGGGAUAAUGGGAACCACGAACACGUUCUGGCUGCUCAUUGGUCUUCGGAAGUUUAUCAAGCAAUAUCUUACUAGCUAUAACACGAAGCGGACACAUUAA